AUCUGCGCCGAGCUGCUGGCGUGCCGGACCUGGCGGAGGACCUGUGGGCGGGCGACUCGGCACUGCGCUCCCUGCUGGAUGAGGCGGCUGACCGGUUCCCGGCCGACGGCGUGCCACUGCUGGAGCUGGCCGCCGCGCUGGCGCAGGCCGGUCGGGACAGCCUUGCCCAGAUGGUCUCCUAUCUGGACCGGCUGCCGAGCUACGCUGUGCCGGAAGCGCUGGUGCCGGCGGGCACGGCCGUGGCGGCGCUGGACGACUGGACGCUGCAGCACGACUGGUACCCUGAGCGGCGGCUGCCGAAGUUACUGCCGUGCGCCGGCGCCGGCGCCGACCCGCUGCAGUCGGUGGUCGCCGUCCGCCUCGGAGAGCUGAUAGAGGCGCACGAGUGCGUGCAGAGCGGACGCUACCCCGCUGACGCGGCGCCACAGCUGGAGCUUCCAGCGCUGGUGCCCUGCGUGGCGUUCGUGCUGCGCGACGUGUUCCCCGGCGCACGAGCGGUUGGCAUCGUUCCCCAGUGUUGCACCAUGGUUCUGGCAGGUGAAGCUCGUAUCGUCAUGCUGCUAGAGGAGCAGACCCACUGGGACACGGGAGCAGGUCUGGAGUUUAUCCGUCUCAUCCAUGUGGCGCUGUCCGUGCUUAACAGACUGCUGAUGCUUCGUUGCCGCGCGUCGUCGGUCGGCCCGGAGCCGAGUCUGCUGGAGCGUCUGCUGACCGAGCAGCCGGCCGGCCGCAGUCAGCUGCGGCCCGUGCUGGCCAUCGCCCAGUACCUGUUCCACCGGCACAAUCCGCACCUGCCGACGCUGGCCAUCCGGCUCCUGCUGCGACUGGCCAAGGUGUUCCCGAUGUCGCUGCUGGCCUCGUUCGGCCAGGACUCGGACGUCAUCUGCGGCGUCAUCCUGACGCGACUUCCGCUCCGAAACGGAGGACGUCAACCUGAAGGAAUUGGUGCCAUUGAAACUGAGGAAGGAUCGAAGAAGAAGGCCGAGCAGGACGACGAGGGUGGAUUCCUGGAAGAGCUGCUCAUCAUUCUAAAAGAACAUAACGAUGUAAGGCUAAGCCUGCAUAGUCUGUCCAUCCGAAGAGUGGACCUCUAA